CGCGCCUCUCAGACAUGUUUGCGACCGCGCCCGCGACGCAAUGCGCGCCUGCGUCUCUCGCACGGCGAUGAGUAGCGACAGUAGCAGCGAGGCCUGCCAGUGAGUGCUUCCGCGCGCCAUGGAGGCCGCAGCAGCGGCGGCGGCGUCGUCGUCGCCCGCGCCCUGCUCCCCUCACCUGAAGAAAGUGCUGAAGACGUACCAGUUGAGCGCCGUCAAGAGCCUACACGGACCGAGCACGGUGCUGGCGUCGGCGGCGGCGGCGGCGGCCACCGUGGGCGACGACGACGACGACGAGGACGACGACCGCCACCGGCGCAGGGGCGACGAAGAGGCGGCGUCGACGUCCUCCUCGGACGCCGGCGGAUUCCGGGCGCCGCCACCGCUGCCCAUCCAGCAACCGCCGCUGCUGACGGCGCCCGACCAGUCGUGCAGCGAGAGGUCCGAGACGGUGCUCGAGGGGGAGACGAUCGCCUGCUUCGCCGUGGGCGGCGAGAAGCGGCUGUGCCUGCCGCAAGUGCUCAACUCGGUGCUGCGCGACUUCUCCCUGCAGCAGAUCAACCAGGUGUGCGACGAGCUGCUCAUCUUCUGCUCGCGCUGCACGCAGGACCAGCUGACGGAGCUGAAGGAGAGCGGCGUGCUGCCCGCGACGGCGCCGUCGUGCGGCCUCAUCACCAAGACGGACGCGGAGCGGCUGUGCUCGGCGCUGCUGCACCGCGCCGGCCUGCCGCCGCCGCCCUGCAUGCCCGACCUGCCCUCCAUCAAGGUGUACCACGAGUGCUUCGGCAAGUGCAGCGGCAUCUGCACGCCCGAACUGUACGCGCGCGGCAACGCCUACUGCAUAGAGUGCGCAGAGUGCCACGGCAUGUUCUCGCCGCAGCACUUCGUGUGCCACGCGCACCGCGCCCUCGAGAACCGCACCUGCCACUGGGGCUUCGACUCCAGCAACUGGACGCGCUACCUGCACGCGGCCGAGGACCAGGCCGAGCACGAGCGCCUCUCCAAGCUGCUGGACGCCUUCAAGGAGCAGGCGUCCAGCGGACCGCCCCCGCAGCCGCCGCCCGCCACCCUCAAGCGCAAACAGGUACGAGUACUGUUUAAACCCACUUCUGCGACGGAGUAUGGAUUCGAUCCCGUGCUCGCUGCUAGUGGCAGGCUUGGUAAAAGACACAAACCAUUCUGGUAUGAGCCGCUGCAUCACUACAAGUACAAGGAGGCGCCGGCGCUGGACGCGUGCAAGGAGCCGUCGGAGGCGGCGCUGAAGCGCGUGCGGCUGGAGCCGGCCGACUGCGGCGCUGCGACCGCGGCGGCGGCGCCCGCCGUUUACGCCGUCUACCCGGAGCAGCUGCUGUGGUGCGACGCCUGGGGGCCGCGCAUCGCCUUCCGGCCCUGGCCCCUGCCCCUUGCCGCCACCGCCAAACACAAGGCCGCAGCCCUCGCCGACAGCCUGCCGCCAGUGCCCGCGUACCUGAGCCACAGCCCGCCCGUGCUGCUGCACCCGGAGAGGGUCGUCCCACUGUCCGACAGCGAGCGCUUCGAGCGCAGCUUCCAGCCCAACGUCGCCCUGGCGCCCGUCGUGCGUCCCAGGCACGACGACUCCAAGCCCGACGUGAAAAUGGAAGCUGUAAGUGAUGAGCUGCAUGAAAAGCAGUCUGCUAUAAUAGUGCAACCCAAUCCUGUGCCUGGCCACAAUCUGCAGCUACACUAUAAUCCUGAGAUUGAACUGUCAACUGACACAGAUGAUAGCUUAUCUGAUGCAGCCUCACUGGCCAGAGCAAACAAGGAUUGUGUGGCAGAGGCGUUGGAAGCCGUAUCCGAUGACCUAACAGAGGACCAGCGCAGUCGUGUUGCGAGGGUUGUGGGUCGCAUGGCUGAGUCAAUGGAGCGGCUGAGGUCCCACAACCGACUGCUGGAGAAGGAAAAUGGGCUGCUGAAGCAGAUCCGAAUACUGCAGAGGCACAGCACACCCGCGGAAGGUCAAGAUGGUCCUACGGAAGAAAUAUCAAAACUGGAGAACGAGUUGGCAGAGGUUGGAAGCAAAAUUCUGAGGUUGGGCUUUCGUCCACAGAAAAUCCAGACUGGUGGCGGCAGCCCUGUGUCAGUCAUAACUUCUCCCCCACUCCUCAUUAAGUCUGAGCCACAAACAUCUGACUGAACCAGUCCAUUGAGAAUCGAAGGGAGUUUCCUCCAAAACUGUAAAAUGGAUAUCUGUUUACAUUUAUUGCUCAUCAAUGUUUAUGGAUUCAGUGUGCCGAGCCAGUAUGCUAUAGUGGGGCAACUAGGUGGAACGUGAAGACAGUCAUAUUUUGUAUGUAUAAUUGAAAAAUGAAGGGCUUUUGUAUAUUUAAUUUGUACUGCCAGAAUGUCGAGUAAAGGUUUUUGCUCCAAGUAGAUGAAAUAGGACAUCACACCGAGCAUUGAGUGGCAAAGUAAUGCAGUGCCUAAUAUUAUUUCCUGUUUUCUUGAUAUAAGCUUUGUCCUCACGGUAGCAAAAUCUAGGAGGAGAUAUUAAGAAAUUUUUUAACGAGGUUAAGAGAGAAAGAAACCUACUGGCAAAUAUUUUUAUCAAUUUGAAAGUACAAAACUUAGGUGCUGUAUUUUCUCAGCACCAUUAAAUAUAUACAUGUAUUCUCUUUAUUGCAAAUGUAAGUAAUGUAUAUUCGUAUGCUAGUAUUGAGUAUCAACAGUUUUAUAUCCUGUAAAUGCAGGUAGUUUCAAAAUAAAUUAGAAUCUUUAUCUAAAGCAACUUGUAAUGCUGUCCACUACUGUUUGCAGUUUCAUUUGUGAUCUCAGACUAUCUGCUGUUGUCAAGCAGGUAGUUACAAGUGGCACAACUUUGCCCGCAUUGUGGGCUGAUAAAUUUGUAGCUACAUACUUUUAUUUAUAAGCAUGCAGCUGCGCCAUUCCCUGCUUCAUUAAAGCUGUACAAAAUGUAGGUAAAAUAUUUCCAUUCAAGUAGUGCUUACAGUUCUUACUAUUAAAAUUUCUGAUGUUUUUACAUGGGGGUUCGUACAGUCUGCUCACACUACUCCCCAAUCUUUGUCUUUUCUUUACUUUUCUUCUGCUGUUUUCUUCUUAAUCACACAUAACGGACCACUACCAGGACUCCACCAACAACAAAAUCAUGUUAACAACAUUUGCAGCACAAGAAAAACUUGGCCUCUGAUGCUCGAUCACUGCCACAAAUUAUUAUGCAGGACAAAAGUAAUAUGAUCCUUGUGUGACCUGAUUUAAACAGUGAAUGAUGCACACUUGACAAAUUUGCUUCUGCAAAUCUGUAAAUUGGUAUCAAAUGUACCUGUCUUUGAUAGUCAGUCUUGUAAGUCGUAUAAUUUUGUAACUCAUUUCAAAACCAAACUGAGAUGUUUUAGUCAUUGUGGCUGUAUUGUAGCUACUCACUAAACUAAUCAGCAAACCACGUGCAUCAGCACAAUUCUCAUGGUACCACUUACGCUUGUUGAAAACAGUAAGUGAAAUGUGAUAUGUGCACUUCCAGAUGAAUGAAUGUUGUUCAGAGACUCUGACCACAUUCAUUUUUGGGUAAGCACAUCAAAUGAAACGGAAAAAAAAGAGAAUAAAUAUAGAUUAAGAUGUAUGAAAACAUAUCUCUCUCUCUCUCUCUCAGUAUCUGUGCGUGCGUGCGUGCGUGUGUGUGUGUGUGUGUGUGUGUGUGUGUGUGUGUGUGUGUGUGUGUAAGUAAGUUAUUAAGUUUUUGAUAUUUUACACUGAAAAUUAUUUUGCUCAUAUAACUUAUUUAUUUUCACUCAUAUCCUUGCAUUUCCUGCCAUGUAAUAAGUUGCUAAAUUUUUUUUUACACAAUCAAUAUUGAAAAGGUACCUGUAGAUUAAUUAUUCGUUCAGUCUUAGUUUUGAGGUGAUACAAUGUAACACUGCUGGAAAAAAAAAUAAAAAAAAAAAAUAAAAAAAAAAAAAAAUCUGUGUGUUUAAUUCUGUAUAACAAGGUAUUCCAGCAACAGUUCAAAGUUCUGAUGAAAUAAAAACGAAAUGUUUCUUGUUGAAGUGAUGAUGAAUGGUAGCAAAGGAGGGUGGUUUCCUUCGUGUUAAGUGCUGCAGGCAGCUUAAUUUUACUGCACAAGGUAUGCUCGUGAAAUGUCAGAUUGUAAUAUGUUGAUUCUUCUCUGCUGAAAUGGACAAACACACAGUACAAUGGACCAAACAAAGUGUCUGGUUGUCAAAUUACCCAACACAUUAUUUGCAUGAAUUUGAGUAAACCACAGAUUGUAAUGUCAAUGCUUGAAAAUUAAAGUAAUCAGAGUGUAGGAAAGUGUACUUAAUGUUAUAUGUUUUGCUUUUAUAUGUAAGAAAAUGCUUAAUUUAAAAAUGUUUUAGAGCCUUCAUCACCUAGUUGGUCUAUUAAAAUUUGUAUGCUGUCUCCCAUUGUGCCUUAAUGUUGUCUUACGUGUUUGUUAUGUACAGUUUACUGCCAUGUGCAAUAGAGAAGACAUUGGGAUUACUGAGUUCUUUACUCUUGUCUUGGAUUUAAAAGAUAAUUUGUCUGUAAGAACUGCUUGCAGUAUGUGAUUGAAUGGAAUUGGCAAAAAUUAAGUUCCUUUGUAUAGAUUCAUGAUGCUUGUGGAAUGCAAACAAUGAAGAAUAUGGAAAAAUUCAAAAGCAUUUUUAUUACUUCUUAUAUACUCUUUGGAAGCUUAAGGUUACCUCCUUAAUAUCUGUACAAGGCAAAGGUAUACGAGAAACUUACACAUCCUGUUGUGCAUCAGAUUUACGUUAUGUACUCGUAGGCAACUAUUUGAUGAUUUUUGCUAGCUUUCAAACAUGUAAAAUACUUCCUUUGACCUUGUACAAACAAAGAUGUUUAUCAGCAUAGUUCAGAUUUCCUUGUAAACAUACAUGUUGUCAUACAAAAGACAUGGGGAAACGUGAAACACCACUGCCAGAAUAAACUGCAACAAGUGACAGUAUUUUAAUAUUGUUAGUUUUCUUUUUUAUUCUUUUAUUAAGUACCAGGAGAACAUUGACAGUAAGGAACACUUAAAAUCAUCACGAAAACAAAGUAUCAAAGCAUAGCCCAGCUAAACCAAGUAAGUUGGUUUUAGAAGAAUGUGUAAGGUGCGCCAAUAAUUGUUAUGAAUAUGAUCUGUGGAAAUGUGAAAAUAUGGGACAGUAUUCACAUUCCAUGUAAGGGCAGCUAAACAACUUGUGUAAAUACUUGUUAAAUAUUUCAGAACUGUAUUAGCAAAACCCUUGCUGAUGUUUUAAUGUGGCUUUUGAGUAUUGCAGUUACUUUCUUUUCAAUAAAACUAUUCACUUUC